CCGUUCCGUUCCUCGUCAGACAGCCGAAUCCCCAAAUCCUAACCCUAAGCCGCCGAUCCCCGCCGCCGCCGAUGUCGUCGGAGCCGCCGCCCGCGGAGCCCUCCGAGGCCGCGGUUCCCGCCAGGCCGUCGGCCUCCCCGCCGAAGGAAUCGGAGCCCGCCGGCGCCGCCGCCGCGCCAGGGGCCGCCCACGAGACGAACGCGCUGUGGGUCGGCAACCUGCCCGCGCACGCGGGCGAGGACGACGUCAUGGCGGCCUUCGCCCCGCACGAGGCGCUCGACUGCGUCGUCACGCGCACCGGAUCCCGCAGCUACGCCUUCGUCCUUUUCCGCUCCGUCGCCGAGUCCCGGGCCGCCCUCGAGGCGCUCCGCGGGUCCAAGGUCAAGGGCGCCUUCAUCCGUGUCGAGUUCGCCCGGCCGGCUAGAGCUGUUAGGAACCUAUGGGUUGGAGGAAUUAGUCCGUCUAUUUCAAAGCAGGAGGUAGAGGAGGAGUUUCAAAAGUUUGGAAAGAUUGAAGGUGUUGCAUUCUCCCAUGAUCAAACUUCUGCAUACAUCGACUUUGAGAAGCUGGAAGAUGCCAUUUCUGCCCAUAGAGCCUUGAAUGGGGCAGAUUUAGGGGGCAAGGAAUUGUGUGUUGAUUUCCAGAGGUCCAGAGGCAGAGCGGAACGGUUGGAAGCAGGCAACUUCAACAGUAGAGGAUCGUUGCCACCCGGUGAAAUGGGAGUUGGACAUGCAAAGGGUUCUGCUGGAGUACGAAUGAGAGAGGCAAAAAAUCCUACCAAUGUUCUCUGGGUGGGUUUACCCAAUACACAUAAAGUUAAUGAGGAGGCACUGAGGCGGGCUAUGGCAGCACAUGGUGUGGUUACAAACAUCAAAGUUUUUCCAGAAAGGCAGUAUGCUUUUGUGGAGUUUGCAACCAUUGAAGGAGCUUCUAAUGCUAAGAAUCUUCUAGAUGGGCGUCUUUUCAAUGAUACAAGGAUUCAUGUUCUUUUCUCCAGCAGUGGGCUUGCACCCAAUAAACUUGAUAACCUAACACCACCUGCUGGGUUCCCUAGAUCAGAGAUGUACAAUGAUAGUCCAUAUGCCGCACCUGAUUAUUUUGGUGCUGGUCGCAGUAGUCAUGGCACAUCACAAGGGUAUGAUCCUCGACGUGGAAGAUCAAGAUACUUGGACUAUGGUGCAAUGCCAAUCACUGGUGGUAUCCUUCCAGCACCUGAAGCUGGCUCAUCUUUGUUGACUGUACAUUCUGCUCAUAAUGCGCUUGAUCCGAGAGAAGCCAAAAGGGUGAGGUUGGAUGCUGGCAUGGACCCUUACCAUGUAAGGGCAGGCAGUGAGGGUCUUCAGCCGGUUGCUGAUGAGAGCUUUAGCUCUGUUAUUCGGAUCCAGGGCACGGCACACCAAACUUCAACCCUUGGGCACUUCUGGCGUGGCAGUAUUGCCAAAGGUGGAUCUCCUGUUUGUCGUGCUCGCUGCUUGCCUAUAAGGAGGGGCAUUGAGAUACCUUUACCGGACAUUGUUAAUAUCUCCGCUAGAACAGGAUUAGAUAUGCUGGCAAAGCACUAUGGAGAUGCUUCGGGUUUUGAAAUUGUCUUCUUCUUACCGGACAGUGAAGAUGAUUUUGUGUCUUACACUGAAUUUCUGCGGUACUUGGGCUCAAAAAGUCGCGCAGGGGUUGUUAAGGUUGAUGCAGGAACCACUUUGUUUUUGGUCCCGCCAUCGGAUUUCCUGACGAAUGUUCUGCAAGUUGAUGGUCCGGAGCGCCUUUAUGGCGUGGUACUGCACAUUCCACAGAUGUCCAAUGCUGCUGUCCAGAGACCUGUACUGACUGGACCAGAAUCACAAGCUUAUUAUGAUGGUGGUGAUACCAUGCUAGCGAUGCAAAGAAAUUACAAUAUGGGCUCUGCUAAUGGCAACCAUCAUCAGGAUGCUGAUUAUCGGGGAUCUUUACGUGAGGAAGCAGUUCAGUCAGGUGUAUCAAGCUUUCCCAUGAGCCAAAUAGCAGGACAGCAAGGACAGUCACUCAAGCCUGAUAUUAUGGCCACAUUGGCUAAACUUAUGCCAAAUGUGCAGCCAACAGUUCCAGCAAAUAGUCAGGUGGGUAAUCUUCAGCAAUCCGGUCAGCAGUUCGGCAGGCAAGCUCCAGCAAGCUAUGGGGGCAUGGUCGGUGCUCAGGAGCAGCACCCAAUACAUACUGCUUACAACCCUGAGGUACAACAGCAACAAAAUGUUGCUUCUGGUUCUGCUCAAGCUACUGAAGAGGCGGAUAAGAACAAGAAGUACCAGGCAACCCUCCAGUUUGCUCACAAUUUACUGCUGCAGCUACAACGUGGAUCUGGAAACCAAUCUUGAUAUUUAAUACUGCUUCAGGUAAGCUCACCUCUACACCCAGUGUGUUAUUUUGUUUGCUUUAUCUUUUCUGCUAAAAUUAGGGACAUAGUAAUAGAUUUAGCCAACUUUAGAGGAUGAAACGCAUUUUGCACGGAUAAAUCAAGGAGCAUAAGUUUCCUGGGAUGUUUGGUAAGGAAUAUAAUAAUUGACAAAAAGUUAAAAAAUUGCGGUUGUUACCUGAAAUAUUGAUAACUGCCAAUCAUCCUGGAUAGUGCUAAACUAACCAUAAAACUUAGAAUGUGAGAUAGAAGUCACACCUAGCACAUCCUAAUUGCACUAAUAUAGACGGGCAGAAAACCUUGCAGCUAUCAUGUAAUUAAUUAACAAGUCAUGGUAUAGAUUAGGAUAGGUGCUGCAGAUGAAUGUUGCAUCAUGUGCGUGGUGGGUAUGUGGUUGUGCAAUACGGGUACAAUUAAGCGGAUCAGAACUAGUGGCUUAGAUACUAAAGUUUAUCUAACAAAUUCACACAUGUAUCCUUUUGAUUAGCUUGAUAGUUUUAUGUGCAUUAUCUGUUGAUAUUUGUUGCUUGCAUAAUAAAUCGAUAUCCGCGUAUUCUAUCUUGAUUGAAUUCUGGAGUUCUGUUCUACUUAGGGUCUGUUCUAGUUUUGACUGCAGUAGUUUAAGAGUCAUGGUAGAAUGUUGCAUAGCUUGCUAGAGGCAUUAUUAGUUUUUUGAUUGAUAUAAUGUAUGAACAUCUUUCAUGUAAUGGCUGGCCUUAUUGAAUCCAAACUGGUGAUUUGAAACAAAGCAAAAACCAUUAUUCACUUGCA